AUGCGGGGUAUUUCGCUUUUCGUUGCCUGCGUCGUUCUGCUGGAAGCUGGUUUCAUCCAUGCAGGACCAAGACCCCCACCAACGAAAGUGACCGUCGCAGUGUACUACGAAUGCAUGUGCCCAUUCAGCAUCAACUUCAUCACGACGCAGUUGUGGCCGACGUACGUGAAGCUCAGCAGAUACAUGAAGGUGUCCCUGUAUCCUUACGGAAACGCUCACAGGAAUAAUAUUACGAACGAGAACGGUACCGUGACAGAAGCCAUAUCCUGUCAGCACGGAGAAAACGAAUGCAAAGGCAACAUUGUGCAAGCCUGUGCUCUGGCGCUCUACAGGCGCACGUCAAUUCAAGUUUCGUUCGUGUCGUGCAUGAUGUCUGCCGCUUUGCCUUAUCGAGCGGGACAGCAGUGCGCUGCUAGGAUUGGCCUAGAAUGGGGUUUGAUCAAGAAGUGUGCCGUUAGUGCCCACGGAAAGACUUUGCUGAUAGAAAUGGGAUACAAGACCUCGAUCGAGUAUGUGACAUCUGUACCUCAUAUCGUUGUCAACGGUAUUUUCAGUGAUGAGUAUACGAGACUGGCGCGUACUAAUUUUAUGUCUCUCAUUUGUAGUCUGCUGAAAGUAAAGCCCAGGCUUUGUACGAAAGAUGAUAAGGCUGAAUAG